UUUCAUAAAAUCCUGGAUUUAUAUUGGUCAGUGAUAUAAGAACAAGCAAUUAAAGUAAUUGUGUGCUUUCGUAAUAUUACUAACCUGCAACUAAGCAAAUGUAACAGUCUGGUGAUUCAAUGAAUUGUAGCGCUUACUCGGUGGGAACCUUUGUUACAGGGAGAUGGGGUCUGGUAGGAAGAUGUUGGAGAGCGGGAUUCUGGGAAGAGCUGAGUUCGUUGUACCGGAUGUGUGAUUUUCAAUAAAGUGUGUUCAUUUAGAAGUAAUACACAGUCUACCGAGCAGAACCCCAUUUGAUACUGCGGACAGUUUAAAGAUGGAAUCAGUCCCGAUUAAAGAGGAGCUCCCUAAACUUGAACUGGUCCCCAUUAGACUGGAGUUCUCUGGACUGUCUUCCCUCCCCAUUAAACAGAAGCUCUGUGAGAUGCCAUCUGACAGCAUCAAGUCGGAGGUGUCUGGGAUUAAAGCUGAGAGCAAUGAAUUGGAGAUCUCCCAGACAGAAGAACCCCUUCCUGUGAAUGAAGAGGUGCUGGAAAUGUUACCAAGCAGAACCACGUUUGAUGCCUUGGACAAUGUGAAGAUGGAAUCUGUCCCGAUUAAAGAGGAGCUCCCUAAACUUGAACUGGUCCCCAUUAGACUGGAGUUCACUGGACUGGCUUCCCUCCCCAUUAAACAAGAGCUCUGUGAGACGCCCUGUGACAGCAUCAAGCCAGUGGUGUCUGGAAUUAAAGCUGAGCGCAACGAACUGGAGAUCUCCCAGACAGAAGAACCAGUUCCUAUGAAAGAAGAGGUGCUGGAAAUGGUGCGUAUUAAACUGGAGCCCCUGAAAGAGGAGGUACUCUUGAAACCAGGGAAGGAAGAAUCCGAAGACUUGAAAGCAGCCCCCACUGAGCUGGGUCCGGUACACCUGCGGGAGUGUAGCGUGGUGCUGGAGAGAAUCUAUGUGAGAAAGCAAGGCUCUGGAGAGGAAGGCUCUCCCAACAGCACGCAAGGAGGUGGACAGGACGACGAGAGCUCACAUUCAGAGUGCAGUCCAGCAGGUUCCAGUCCAGCAGUUAAAGCAAGGACCCAGUUAAGGAAUUUAAAAAUACUGAGAGGAGAGAAAUUAAAAUAUACCAGAGGAGAGAAACCGUAUCACUGCUCUGACUGUGGAAAGAGUUUCAGGCACUCAGGAGACCUUGUGAUACACCAGCGAAUUCACACAGGAGAGAAACCCUAUCGCUGCUCUGACUGUGGAAAGAGGUUCAAGUCAUCAGGACACCGUACAGCACACCAGCGAAUUCACACAGGAGAGAAACCGCAUUGCUGCUCUGACUGUGGAAAGAGUUUCAGGAACUCAGGAGACCUUUCAAAACACCAACGAAUUCACACAGGAGAGAAACCUUAUCGCUGUUCGCACUGUGGGAAGAGUUUCAGUCGGUCUGGAAAUUUUGAAUUGCAUAAGCGAACUCACAAAGGAGAGAAACCAUAUCACUGUUCUGACUGUGGGAAGAGUUUCAGUCGGUCAGAACACCUAUUAAUACAUCAGCGAAUACACACUGGAGAGAGACCGUAUCACUGCACUGACUGUGGGAAGAGUUUCAGUCGAUCAGGACAACUUGUAACACACCAGCGAAUUCACACAGGAGAGAAACCAUAUUACUGCUCUGACUGUGGGAAGAGUUUCAGGGAUUCAACAGACCUUGUAAAACACCAGAGAACUCACACAGGAGUAAAGCCAUAUCACUGCUCCGACUGUGGUAAAAGUUUCAGUCAGUCAGGACAACUUGGAAAACAUCAGCGGAUUCACACAGGAGAAAAAACGUUUCAUUGCUCUGACUGUGGGAAGAGUUUCAGUUCGUUAGCAAACCUUGUUUCACACCAGCGAAUUCACUCAGGAGAGAAACCGUAUCACUGCUCUAACUGUGGGAAAAGUUUCCGUCACUCAGCAUCCUUUGCUGUACACCGGCACAUUCACACAGGAGAGAAACCGUAUCACUGCUCUCACUGUGGGAAGAGUUUCGGUCACUUGGCAUCCUUUGCUGCACACCAGCGUAUUCACACAGGAGAGAAACCGUACCGCUGCUCUGACUGUGGAAAGACUUUCAGACGGUCGGGACACCUUGUUUCACACCGGCGCGUUCACACAGGAGAGAAACCGUACCGCUGCUCUGAUUGUGGGAAGAGUUUCAGUCAGUCAAGAUCCCUUGUUACACACCAGCAAAUUCACACAGGAGAGAAAAAAAAAAGAAAAUGUAAAUAAUGUUCCUGCAUAAAAAUAACUUUUAUCCAUUUUGCUUCCUGGCAUUUCAGCACAGCAGUGUGCUGCUGAAUAGUGUGGCUGCCCAAGCCGAGGAGACAGUCAGAACAAAUCCUUAAAUGGAAUUUACUAGUGUAACGACCUCGCCCUUAGCACAAAGCCAACCACUAUGGAGUGAUUACCUCCCUAUAUUAAAUAUAUCCCAUGACAAAAACAAGUUCGACAAACAGCUGUUUAAAGGGGUGAUCUCAAAUGCAAAAAUCCAAGUUAGGAGAAGCAAUUAGGCCAAUCUUGUCAAGCAAAUAGGCACAAUUGGAAAGGUGCUGGGGCCCAAGAUUCACACAAUUCUUGCUUCUAACUUUGCGCCUUUUUUUUGAUCGCUUCGCUCCACUUUAUCGCUCCUCUUGAAAUGCUCUUUGUAUGAUUGAAGUGACUGAGACACACACUCACAUUGUAAUACGAAAGACAUAAUUUCGGAUUGGAUCAGAAUCUGAGUGCUCAUGUAUCACAGAGCAGCUCUCCUGGUAAACCCUUUGAAGGAGGAAACAAACUGCUAUUGUUAAUUAUUUUGCAUAGAAUGGCACAAGGCAGCUGUAAUAGAGUAAAUGUGGAUGCGCUUUUAGACUGUGUGUUGCUGCUUGCCCCACCUUGUGCAAAUUCAAAGUGUAAAACCAGAUAACACAACAAGCAGGGCACAAGCUAAGCGAUGAGCUGUAUUUGAUUAGGGAAAUAAAAGCUGUUUACUUUGACUAUCUGCGUCAGUCUGGAUUCUUAUAGAAAUCAAAUGUAAGACAACAAAUAUACUAGAAGUGUCAGGGGUGGAAGUUGCAGGUUGAGAUUUUAGAGUCAGUGUUUCCCUGCAUGCAUCACUGUGAGCAGCUCCUUCCUCCAGACACAGACCCACACUGGAAUGUUUAGAUGACUGGGUGUGAGGAGCCUUGUGUUAACAAUGGGAGAACUGGGCUGACUGGGGAGGUAACUGCUACUGCCUAUUUCAAUAGUCUUAUUACUGUGUUGUUACAUUAUGGACAGCAGUGGUGCUCUGGCUCCCUCUUGUGGUCACUAUUAAUAUCUGCUGUGUGUCUCUCGGAGGUCAAAUUAAUUGCUCUUUGUCAUUAAAAUGCUGUUUUUAUCAUCAAA